GUUAUUUCCUUCUCGUUUACGGCUCAGAGACUAGAGUCACUACUCUUCGACAGGUGUUGGCGGGGUCUGCAAAAGUCCCGCUCACCAUUAAACUCAAAUCUCUCCAUCCUUGAAGUAAACCACCUUGGCAUUUCCGAACGCAACUGCAAGCAGCUCAUCCAAUUUCAACCAACUUGUCCAUUAACUUAAUCUCCGAGUUGGGGUUGGUGGGUAACACGAAAUAGGCGGUUGGCUCUAGUCGUCGUCGAGUCGCCGUGACCUGGUCCUCGAACUUAGUCUCGCAAAAUGGCAGUUAGCAGUUCAGUAAUCGCGGAAAGGGAUGAAGCUGGGCGCAUAUUCUAUACCACUGUUGGUACCGACACUCCAGCAGAGAAGACCUCACGGACCACAAAAACACCACCAAGAAACCGCCUUUUCAAUGAAAAACCUUGGCAAGCUCUAGGGCACACGAUCUCUGCAGUGUUCCUGCCGGCUGGAUACCCAAACACAGUCACUCCUGAUUAUCUGCACUAUCAAAUGUACAAUGAUGUGCAGGAAUUUUGCAGUUCUUUGUCGGGUUUGCUGGCUUCUAGAGGCGCUCUUGAAGGUUUCGGAGUUGGCGACGCAUCAGCAUCAGCAACUCAGGCGCUCCUUCUGGCGGUCCUCAAAGACGUGUGUUCGCGUUUUACGACCAUAAUAGGCGCUUAUUACUUCGGUACAUCUCUAUACCCUGAAACAAAAACAUUUCGUUUUCUCGCGGAUGUUAUCAACGACACGUCCAUCGUCUUGGACACCAUAUCCCCGUAUCUUACCACCAUAUCCCUCUCCCGCGUGUCUCCACAUCUACCAUCAGGAUCAACUCUCCAAAUCAUAGCCCUGUGUGUGAGCGGAGCCAUGAGAUCCCUCUGUCAACUUGUCGCCGGUGGAUCAAAAGCAGCACUCACAGACCACUUCGCUUCCCCUGUGAAUAGCAAAGGCGACGUAGGCGAAUUGAACGCUAAAGGUGCCAGCAGAUCAACCGUAGUUGCCUUGACAGGCGUCUUACUCGGAACGCUCAUGGUACCUUAUAUCACGACUCGCUCCUCAACCUAUACCGCACUUUUCGUUCUUGUCUUUGGCCAUCUUUUAGCCAAUUAUCUUGCAGUGCGCAGCGUGGUCCUUCGAUCGCUUAAUAGGCAACGGUCUAGCAUCCUUUGGAGUACUUUUCGCAACUCGAUAGGACACGGACGUUCUGUCGUCUUAACUCCAAGGGAUGUAUCGAAUCGAGAGAUAAUCCUAGACAUCUCGAGCCGCAUACGGGAUGCAUCCACCAACAGGGUGAUCGGACAUUGCUCAUUGGGUGUAUCUGUGCAACACGCUAUGACACGUUGCAAUCCGUCGCAUGCUCUGAAGAUGCUCCAACACUUUCAGGAAGAACCGUACGUUCUCUUCGUGGCGGACCGUAGAUCGUGGGGGCGAAGGGGAGCGAGUAUCCUAGUGUGUUUCAAAGAGGGAUACGGAUCCAUGAACCAAUUGCGCGCCUGGCUACAUGCGCUGGAGAUAGCAGCAGUGUGGAGUGCGCGGCCUACGCAUCCCACUGCUAGCGAAACCGAGGACAUCGUGUUCUUGGCACAUGAGACGCUUAGGAAGGAGUUUUCUCGUUUCAUGGGGUGCCUGAAGGAAGCAGGGUGGAAUAUUGAAGAAGACGCAAUGAUGAUGGGAUCACCGGGCAGUGUGAUUAUGUCGCCCGAGACGAAGGACACAUGACUUCUUUCUUUCUAUAGAGGUGCUCCGGUUUAUCAUAGAGCCCAAUACGAU